AUGAUGCAUGCACUUAAGCACCCAUCUUUCUUCAAACCUACCAGCCGCCCUUCAUCACCCGCCCCAGCCCCUCCAUCUCGGCCGGACUCCGGGAUUGGUUUCGACCGUACACCGCGCCCACUCCACAAAUUGUCGUUGAGCACAUUUAGAAAGGCCUCACCAGCACCCGUCGCACCCAAGUCACCGACGAAGCCGCCCUCGACGCUGGUUCAGGAUGGGUCAUACUUGGAGAUGCUUAGUCUUAAACUCAGCGAGGCCGUGUCAAAGGCGUUGGCGCAGCCUUCAGGCCCCGUAGUCCCUACGGAACUAGUAGGCGGGAAACGUCCUAUUCCAGCUGGUAGAGGUCGGGCGCUGGGUGCGCUUAUUACAUCUGAACUGAGGGCAUCUCACGAUAAUCAGCAUCUAUACCGUGCUAGCCUUAGGUCGCUGCACCGACCACUUUCCGUCCUAGUCAGCAACUUAUCAGCUCAGCUAGUGCCGCUAGUUGCUUCACCCGCCUUCCUCAACUUUUUGGCACCCUCUCUCAAUGCCGCACAACUCCACGCCAUCGCUAUCGCGGCGUUUGCUGGCGAGUUACUGGAUUCCUUUGAUGAGUCGGGCCUCGGGUUGGAUUCUGAUCCCCAUGGGCUGAAGACGAUCAGGGAAGGCUUAGUCUCCGUCGUUAACCGUGUCAUUAACCCCUUGAUCGUCAACAUCAAGAAUGAUCUUGGAGCCGUUAUUGACGGACUAGAAUUCCCUCAGACACCCAUCAAGACUCUAGCGAAACCAUCUGUCUCACACCCGUCACUUGUCGCGCUGCAGGGGGUUGUGGCUGCAUAUACUCGGAUCCUUGAACGUUGUAUCUCGCUUCCAGGAUCACAGACUACUGUAGCCACGUUCCUUAUUUCGUUGAUAUGGCGGGGCUUGGUGGCUUUGUCUCACCGACCUUACCACCCUCCUUCACCUCCUGCUUCACCAUACCUUGCGGCCCGAGAUGUCAAGAAGCGCCGUAGCUCGUCCACUACACCACCGCUUACUCCUCCUUCAUCGAGAUUUACAAUGAAGCUCCCUCCUUCCCGACCUCCUUCACCUCCUUCACCCAUUACCUCCUCGACUACUACCGACGCACGUGCCCUUUACGAGAUACUCAGUCACCUUCCCCGACCUGCAGCUGACAAGGAAGCCUCUCGUCUAGCGAGAGAAGCAGUGGAAGAGGCCUUCACCGCAUUGCAUGCAUUCGAUCCCUUCAUCGAGGCCGUGUACGCUUCUAUGGUGUCACCCAUGUCCACCGUGGUUUUAGAGCGUCUUGUAACCCUAGCGGAGGAGCUGCCAACACUCAUUGCCUUGCAAGUGAUCCUUAAUGCAUUCGGUUCGCCACUCGGGACUUCUUUACCUCAAAUCCUGAGGCUUGACACGGCGGAAUACAAGCAAGUAUGCUUGUCGGGAUUUGGGAGAGCGGAGGAAUGUGGGCCUGUUGUUGGGCAGCAUGUGCAUGACGCCCUUCGCGCCGCUGAUCCUACAAGCUUUGCGGUGAAAUGGUUGGAGCUAGAACUCGCAGCUGAACCCGAAACAGCGGCAAAUGCCAAUACCUUCAUUUCAUAA